GCGGUCGCGGCCCGGUUGCGCGGGGCCCGGCGUCAGCGCGGCGUCAGCGCGGCCCCCCCGGGGCUGACGGGCGCCCUCGCCCCCGCAGAGCCGGGCGCCGACCGCGUUCAUGCGCAGCCCGACGCCAGCGCUCCCGGCAUGACCUCGGGGAACGGGAGCUCUGCCUCCACCGUCGCCGGCGCUGCCCCGCACAAUGGUGAGAACAAACCGCCCCAGGCCAUAGUGAAGCCCCAGAUCCUGACGCACGUUAUCGAGGGGUUCGUCAUCCAGGAGGGGGCAGAGCCGUUCCCGGUGGGGCGGUCCUCGCUGCUGGUGGGGAACCUGAAGAAGAAGUAUGCGCAGGAGCUGCUGGCCGAGAAACUCCCGCAGCAGGACAACACCACCACCACCGACUCUGAGAUGGAGGAGCCCUACAUGCAAGGUGUCCCUCCGCGCCCCCCAGAAUCCAAAGAGGAGGGGAACCCCCCGAAGCUGAAGUGCGAGCUCUGCGGCCGCGUCGACUUCGCCUACAAGUUCAAGCGCUCCAAGCGCUUCUGUUCCAUGGCCUGUGCUAAGAGGUACAAUGUGGGGUGCACGAAGCGCGUGGGCUUGUUCCACCCCGACCGCAGCAAGCUGCAGAAACCCGGUGGCCCCCCGCACGGGCGCCGCCGCACCUGCAAGGUGCCCACCCUGAGCAAAGACACCAAGAAGCAGACGCCGGUUUCUCUCCCGACGGGCUCGGUGCCUCUCUCUGUGACGGCGUCGCUGCAGCUCAACCACAGCCAGGAGGACUCGAGCCGCUGCUCGGACAACUCGAGCUACGAGGAGCCGCUGUCCCCCAUCUCGGCCAGCUCGUCCACCUCGCGCCGGCGCCAGGGCGACCGUGACCUCGAGCUGCGCGACAUGGAGCUGCCUGACAUGCACAUGCGGGACCUGGCAGGCAUCGGGCACCGCUUCCUGCCCAGCGAGCCCAGCAAGUGGAACGUGGAGGACGUCUACGAGUUCAUCCGCUCGCUGCCAGGCUGCCAGGAGAUCGCGGAGGAGUUCAGGGCGCAGGAGAUUGACGGGCAGGCGCUGCUGCUGCUGAAGGAGGACCACCUCAUGAGCACCAUGAACAUCAAACUGGGCCCGGCCCUCAAGAUCUACGCCCGCAUCAGCAUGCUCAAGGACUCCUAGAGCCGGGGCCGCCGGCCCGCACGAACGCUCCUGGCAGGGUGGGGAGGGGGGACCUGUGCCCCCCCCCUCAUCCCUGCCCAGCUUGGGGGGCUGCAGGGCGGGAUGGGGAGGGAGGGCGGGCAGGGGGGGAUCCACUUGCUGAGCACAAACAGCCCCGGGGCAGCCCCCCCUGUGCCCCGCAGCCAGGCCGGGGCGCAGCUCUGCUGCAGGGGUGUGUACAUAGCCCGUAGCGAUAGCUUCCCCUUGGGUGCGCCCCAUGGGGCCGCCCCUUCUCCGGCAGGGAGGGCCCCCACGCCCCCGGAACGGCAGGGCGAAGCAGGACGAUUGCCUUAACGUGUGGCCCUGCCAGGACCUGGCAGGGGGGAUAUAGCCCCCCAAGGGGCAUUUUGGGGUGCCUCGUGGAGAAGGUGUUGCCCCCACCCUGGGCUGUUUUGGGGGCACCUUAGUAGAAGACGGCGGCGGUGUGGGUUCAGCCCCCAAGGCAGGUAAGGACCCUUCACCCCUCGCUGCCGCCGCUGCUGGCCACCGGUCUUUCUAAGAAAAAAGAGAAAAAAAAAAAAAG